AUGGCACAGCAGUUGCACCCACAGCAGCAGCAGCAGCCUGCCCAGAUUCAGCCAGAGGGAGGGAAUACGGAGCAGAACGUAGAGCCUGCGAUGGAGGAGUCUACCGACGUACCAUCGACAAUUACGCCUAUACCCCAGCCUACACCUGCUUCCCCCCUCGUAACAGCACCAGCACCCGAACCCAACAUGCCAGGUGCACUCCCCACGGCACCCGCAGCUGAACAACCCCCACCUCAACCCACCCAAGAGGGCACUGCCCAUAUCCACGCUUGGCAGAUCCCAGGGGGGAUGGUCUUUACGCUCUUUGUCGGUCCUUCCGUCCCAAUACCAGGGAUGGCUACUGCUCCUCCUACAUUUAAUCCUUUCCCUAUACCUGGCGCCGCCCCAGGAGCAGAAGCAGGGUUAGGGGGAGGGGCAGGAGAAUGGUUCAUCCCCUUCUUUCCACCCUGGUUCUUCCCGCAAGAGAAGGAGCCCGAUUACGCCCGCGGCGCACUCCUCAUGCGCGCUUUGGAGCAAGUCGAGCCCGAGCUCCUCUCCCGCUUCCAGAGAGUACAAGGCGAAGAUCAGCGCUGUCCUGUCUGCUUUGAACGGCUUGGAGAUGCUCCUGCCGUCGACCCUCCUGCGCAGGACUCGCAAGCACCAGCCCAAGCCCAGGCAAGGCAAAACCAUAUCCCCCCUUGUCCCUUUCCGCAGGCGGAAAUUCUAGCCCUUCCCUGUCACCACCCAUUCCACGCAGGAUGUCUUUUCCCCUGGCUAGGGGAACACACCACAUGCCCCACAUGCAGGUUCGACCUCGACCCAGAGUCACAGACACUUACCCCUCCUCCCCAAGGAGGACGGUACAGUCCCUACCUGAGCCAGGAAGCGCGUAAGGCCGGAAAGUGGAAUCUACCCCUCGGACCAAGUGGGCAGAUCCUCCGGGAAAGCGUGGUGAUGCGGGAGCAUGAGCAGGGGUGGACAUGUGCCGAUCCCGGCUGCUUGCAUGCGCUCCCCAACCCCUCGUACGCACAGCACCCAGCAGGGGAGCCUAAAGCGCUCCAAAUCCACCUCCUGACUCAACUCGAUCCCGACGCGGAACCGGCUUGCGAGCAUGCGUGGCACCCCGAGUGCUUGGUUGGCUCGGUCAGGAGCCGUGCUGGUGGAGUGGAGGUGGCCCCUGGGGGAACGAGGGUGGAAUGUGCACUGUGUAGGGACGGCAGGGAGGGGUGGGUGAUGCGCGAUGUGUGGGAGGAUGGGGUGAGAGCAUGGGAGGAGGUAUAGUUGCGCCGUUGUCGCCCCGUUCGCUUUGAUGAUGCUUCACCAGCACUAGCACGUCUCAAGUCCUGACUCUGUAGGAUUAGAAGAUAAUCGUUUGUAGCUGAUAUUAUUUCUUUCUCUUUUGUUAGUUGGAUGCAAUUGUAGAUUACGCAAUUUAUGGAUA